AUGGCCGCCGCCGCCGCAGCCUCAGCCUCCACCCUUCGUCCUGCUGUCUCCCAAGCAGCAGGGCCAGAGCAGAGAGCUUCACUGCUGUGCACACCGAAGCACCGACACCGAGUGGCUGCCAGUGCCAGCAGGAGAAGCUUGAGAUUCACCGCUAGGGCCAGCUCGAAUCCGGGCGCCAAGGUGAGCAUCCCGAAGCAAUGGUACAACCUCAUCGCCGACCUGCCGGUGAAGCCACCGCCACCGCUGCACCCGCAGACGCACCAGCCUCUGAAUCCCAGCGACCUCUCCCCUCUGUUCCCCGACGAGCUGAUCAGGCAGGAGGUCACCGACGAGCGCUUCGUUGACAUACCCGAGGAGGUCAUCGACGUGUACAAGCUCUGGCGCCCGACGCCUCUGAUCAGGGCCAGGAGGCUGGAGAAGCUGCUCGGCACGCCGGCGAAGAUCUACUACAAGUACGAGGGGACCAGCCCGGCGGGGUCGCACAAGCCCAACACCGCCGUGCCGCAGGCGUGGUACAACGCCGCGGCAGGGGUGAAGAACGUGGUCACCGAGACCGGCGCCGGCCAGUGGGGCAGCGCGCUGUCCUUCGCCAGCAGCCUCUUCGGCCUCAACUGCGAGGUGCACCCGUCGCCGUCGACGGCGACGGAGGCCGGCAAGAAGAUCCUGGAGGCGGACCCGUCCAGCCCCGGCAGCCUCGGGAUCGCCAUCUCCGAGGCGGUGGAGGUGGCGGCCACCAACGCCGACACCAAGUACUGCCUGGGCAGCGUGCUCAACCACGUCCUGCUCCACCAGACCGUCAUCGGGGAGGAGUGCCUGGAGCAGAUGGCGGCGCUCGGCGAGACGCCCGACGUCGUCAUCGGCUGCACCGGCGGCGGGUCCAACUUCGGCGGGCUCGCGUUCCCGUUCUUGCGCGAGAAGCUGCGCGGCAACAUGAGCCCCGCGUUCAGGGCCGUGGAGCCCGCGGCGUGCCCCACGCUCACCAAGGGCGUCUACGCCUACGACUUCGGCGACACGGCCGGGCUCACGCCGCUGAUGAAGAUGCACACCCUCGGCCACGGCUUCAUCCCUGACCCGAUCCAUGCAGGUGGGCUUCGCUACCAUGGAAUGGCACCUCUGAUCUCGCAUGUCUACGAGCUGGGCUUCAUGGAUGCCAUCGCUAUACAGCAGACUGAAUGCUUCCAAGCUGCCUUGCAAUUCGCCAGGACGGAGGGCAUCAUCCCGGCGCCGGAGCCGGCGCACGCGAUCGCGGCGGCGAUCAGGGAGGCGCUGGAGUGCAAGCGGACCGGGGAGGAGAAGGUCAUCCUGAUGGCCAUGUGCGGCCACGGCCACUUCGACCUCGCUGCGUACGAGAAGUACCUGAGGGGCGACAUGGUCGAUCUCUCGCACCCGGCGGAGAAGCUGAGGCCUCCCUCGCCGCCGUGCCCAAAGUCUGAUGGCAUCGGAGGAACGGCACAUAUGCAACUGGAAUGGAGCAAAUGA